GAGAGAGAGAGAGAGAGAAAGAGAAAGAGAGAAGAAGAGAGAGGGGAAAACCAGAGACGCCAAAGGACAUAAUGUUAUCCCUAAUUAGUGAAUUGGAGGAGGUAGAAAGAAACGGAUAUCACGCAGUGCUGGGAAAAUGAUUCACCUAUACGUGACAUCGGUGAUUUUUUUUUACAUCACAGAAGUGAAGCAGCAGCAGAAUAAAAAUUUGACCGCGAGCACGGUGGUCGGUGCCGAUAAAAGAAAAAAAAAGAAAAAGAAAUACUAUUCGUGGAUUGAUAAUAAUAACAAUUGUUGGGAUGAUUAUGUGUUCUUGUUGAGGAAUCUUUGCCUAUUUGCCGCGAUGCACGCGAUGACAUGUGUUAUAGAGGAAUCUUUAUAAAGGCUGCGAAUCGUCGAAUUUUGUUUUUUUAUUUUCCAUCGUUUGUUUUAUGACGAGAAAAAAAAAAGAAACGAACAAACAACACGAUAAACAAAUAGUGAAUAGGUAAAUAAGAGUGUUACACGUUUUGUAACAAUUGGUGGAAAUUUACUUCUUGUGAUUGCGUAAUACAACAGCCGUCACCGUGGAGUCUAAAGGCGUUAAGGGUUUACCCAAAAUGCACCAUCUAUAUCCAACGGCGAAGGGUGACACUCUUUGUCCGUUAGGAUUUCACCCUCAGGUUCGGUGGCCGACGAGGUGCAAGCGAUGUUUCAGAGACUACAAAGAGCACAUAGGGAAGAAAGGUACUUUGAAAGACACGACCGCCUCGUCACCAAGCCUCUCCCCGUGGGAACCAGCCACGAGCCGCUCAACCGAGAACACAGACAAGCGAACCUGGGCCUCGACGUCGAACCUGGCGAAGGACGAGUCCAAGCUCUACCAGCAGGGACUCGGCGAAAAGAAACAGGUACUGAGCGGUGGCUGGUCGUCGACGUCGACGAUAGACAAUCUCGGGCAGAAGGAAACCGAGGCUGAGUCAGCGGAGACGAGCCAAGUGCCCGCUGCUCCGGGGCCAUUGGCAGGAAAACAGCGGGCGUACACUGGUUCGCAGUCUGACAGCUAUACCUUCAGACGAUUUUCGAACUCCCUGAUAGCCGACGAUGUCGCAGAGCUCGGUACGGAUGCCUCGAACUUGCCCCAAAAGUUGCAGAUCAAAAGCGUCAAGAGCGUCGUCGACGAGACCGACAAUCCCGCGUCAUCGAAUACAGACGUUGAAUUCAUCAUACAGGUGAAGAAAUCUCGGCCGUCGGAAAAUGGAAUGAAAUUAAUCGAACCUGGGAAAGAUAAAUUGAGUGAUUCGAGCAGCGAUAAAGGCGGGAAAACUGAGAAGAAUGAAAUCGAGAAGCUCAAAGCUCAGCUGAGCGAGAUGAGGACGCGAUGCGAAAAGGUAGAGAGAGAGAAGAGCGACAUUCUGCUUCGUCGACUGGCAACGAUGGACACCGUCUCGAAUAAAUCGUCGAGCAACGAAGUAACGAAGCUUCAAAAAACGGUCAAAGAUCUUCAGGCUAAAACCGAAGCUUUGACCGAAGAGAAAUCCGGGCUUUCAACGAAGCUCAGGAGCUUGGAAAAGGAGUUGAACGUAAAGGCGAAUCGUUCGGAGAAAGAUAAGAUAAACGAGGAGCUCAAAUCGAAAUUAAAGGCCGCGGAAACUCUGUGUGAAACUCUGAUGGACGAGAAUGAAGAUAUGAAAAAAGAAAUCAGGGAUUUGGAGGAAGAGAUAUACGAGAUGCAGGACAAUUUCAGGGAAGAGCAAGCUGACGAGUACACGACUCUUCGUAAGGACUUGGAACAGUCCAAUAAAAACUGUCGAAUCCUCUCGUUCAAGCUGAGAAAAGUUGAGCGAAAAGUCGAGCAGUUGGAAAGUGAGAAAACAAGCAUAUCAAGCCAGUUCGAUGGGUUAAAGAAGUUGGAAUUGACGUUGCGAAAAGUGGUCAACGAGUACAAAAAUCGCACGGCAAAAAAGGCAACCGAUUACACGACAAAGCUGCAGCUAAGAAAGAUGGUUGACGACCUCGAGAAGGAAAUAGCUGACGUUUUUGGUGUAAUUAUAACCGUGGCUGAAGGAAAAGACGUUGAAGUGACUGGAAUUCCAGCGUUGGUUCCUCAGGAUAAUUCCCAGAAUUUGAAAAACCAGGAAAAACUUAUCAAGGAAUGCGAACUCCUGAAGCAAAAGCUCGAUAAAGCAACGAGGGAACUUACCGCCGAGAGGGACUCGAAGAAAACGGAAAGAAGUGGCAAGCAGCCUUCUUCGGACGACAACAAAUCGUCCGAACUCUUGAUACUCAAGAAGAAACUUGAAGAUGCGAUCAGCCUGAACAAGGAAGAGAGAAACUCGUGGGAUGUUGAAAGGGUGAAACUUCACGAAGAGAAAGAAAAACUGAAGUCCAAAUUGCUGUCACUAUCUGCAGAGAAGCUGAAGGUCUACAACGAGGUUGUUCAGCUUAAAAAGGAUCUCGAAUCAGCGACAUCGUCCGGUAAAGAAAGCGCAAAAAUAGAAUUGGCGAUGAACGAACUGAAGAAAGAAUUGUACGUGGAAAAAGAGAGGUGCAAAAAUUUGCAGAACGAUCUGACGACGUGCGUGGAAAAGGAGGGACGGAUAGUAAAGACACUGGCCUCCGUUGAAGCGAGCAAAUCUCAGCUUGAGGGAGAUUUGAAGCGGAUUAAACUGGAACUGGAGAACGAGAGAAAUUCCUGCUCGGCGAAGAUUUCAAAAGCGAAUUCCGAGGUCGUAGAAUUGUCAAAAGAGCUGGAAAAGGUUCGGACUGAAAGCGAAAAACACAUUCAGGGUAAAGACGGAGAAAUCGCUGGGCUAAAAAAGAAGAUACUUAGUCUUGAAAAAGCGGGUGUUAAUUUGAAGAAGUUGAACGAGAUGAAGCAAAGUUACACCGAAAAAAUUUCAAACCUGGAAAAGGAAGUAAAAACCGGAGUCAAGCUAUACGAUGAUUUAAACGUGAAGUACGGUGUCCUGGGCGAUUCGAGAGCCCAUCUUGAGAGUCAAAACACGAUAUUGACCAGCAAACUGCUAGACCGUAAGCACGAGAUAAACCGGAUUGAGGCAGAGUUGAAAGCGAUGCGUGAAACGUACAAUAAGAAACAAGACGAGUGGGUUAAAGAAAAAUUACGCAUGGAGGAGAAAUUACGCGAGUAUGAAAAAUCAGCCAACAAAUCGUCCAUGGAUGAGAAAAACGAUGAAGUCGCAAGACUGAGGAAAGAGAAUUCUGUCCUCACCGAGCAGUUGGACGCGGUAAAAAAGACUAGCGACGACCUAACGAGCAGGCUUCAGGAUUACGAGAGCGUUUCGAAGAUCCAGAAGAACUGGUCAGCGGAUACUUCGGCAUUGGAAACGGAGCUCCGAAAGGCGAAGAGCGCUUUGUCCAACGCGGACAAGGUGAAGAAGGCGGAUUUGGCGCAGUGUAAAAUGCGAUACGAGCACAGAAUAACGGCGAUAAACGACGAGAUACAGUCAAUACAAAACCAGCUCUCGCGCUACAAGCGAGAACGCGACACUUACAAACACAUGCUUGAGGGUGCUCAGAGAACGAUCGGGGAUUUGAAGGCGGUGCGGAAACGAAGGCAGUCGAACACGUCGACGGGAAAAUCUGACGAGGACGAGGAAUUGAUCGCGAACAACGUUACGGUCCUCGAAAAGCAGAUCAGCUGUAUGGAGGACGAGCUGUCCGAAACAAGGCUCGAGUCCUCUAAACUAAAGACAGAACUCGUUUCCGAGAGAUCUGCAUGGCAGGUCAAACUUUCGGAGAUGCAAUCGCGCGUGAACGAGUUGGAAGAGGAGCGCCUCCUUUCGAGCGGACGGACAAAAAUUCCGGGUCUUAAAGUCCGAAUGGAACUUGCCUGGCAAAAGGAGCGAGAGGAGCAGCAGAGGCUUCUUCAAGAAACCGCAACGCUGGCUCGCGACCUCAGGCAGACUUUGUUCGAGAUCGAACGAGAACGUGACAAAGAGCGGCUCGAGAAUAAGAGGAAGCAGGAUCAGCUGAAGAAGUCAUUUGACGAGGAGAAGGAAGAGAACAAAAAGAAACUGAUCGAACUCCAGUGUGAUUUGCUAGAGCUACGAGAUGCUCACGCAAAAUUGCGGACCAGUAACGAGAAGAUGAGGAGGGAGAAGGAGCGGCACGAACGGGAACGCGAAGAGCUGAGGGACAUCAUCGCGAGCAAAAGACGUCUUGAACACAACGAGGCUCGUAGCGUAAACGUGAUUCUUCAGCAGGUCGACGAUCUGAUGAAAUUGUUCCCGGAGUUACAGGCUUCGAAAACUAACAACGACGGUUUCAAUGGUAAACAGACAGCCAACAGUGACACUUACACACCGACACCGCCGAGGAGAUUGAAGGGUCCAAAAUCUAGGGAAUCAUCACCAGGCAUGAUGGACUCGAGGGAAGAUAUCAGAGGGUCGACAAAGGAUUUGGGUGGAAGAACGGAGAAGCUUGAAUACACGAUUGGAAAACUGAUGGAGGUUGCCAAGGAGUUGAAAGACACGAAAAAGACAUUCGACGAUCGAUUAGCGGUGAAGGCUAAGAAAUUCGGAAAACGGUCAACGUCAAUCGACAGCGACUCAACCAGCAGGGGAACAACUCCGAGUCGAGUUGGCUAUCAAGAUAAGUCGAAUAAAUCGAGCUUGAAAAGAAAGAGUGUUUCCCUUGAACAAACAGCGGGAAAAAAUGAUCAACAGACCAUCUGGGCAAAUGAUAGUAACGUAUCAAGCAUGCAGUCUUUGGACGGUUCGGACGUGGAUUCGCGGCACUUCAGUAUGCAGAGAGACUCGAGUGUCGAUAGCAGGCUCUCGGGCGGUUCGACGAAGAGCGAGCUGCUUCAGCGUGACAAAAAAUACAACAAAGGUAUCAUAAGGAAAAUAACGACGAAGCUGACUAAGUCGGCAAGUGUCGACGACCCGAAUAGCUCCUUUGAUUACUCAAUGCAGACGUCAGGCUCUGAGGCGAGCAUCAAUGACCAGGAUACGAGAAACGGUAAACGAAACUUGAAGAAAAAAUUGACAGACAUGUUCAAAAGGGGUUCGUCGCGGAGUAACAGCUUGGACAGAAGAGGAGCUUCUCAGGAGGCGAGUAGACCUUCCUCGAGGAAUUCGAUGGCCUCAAAGAAUUAACAAUACUAUCUUCAACCCUUCCUGUGUAAAAUAUAAUUAAAAUAAAAUUAACGUAUCAUUAUAAUCGUAAUAUCGAUUGUAAUUCAUAUCAAGCUGAUGACGAACCACCCGCAUUUAGAUUGACAUUAACGUAGCAUGAAGCUGUACAGGAAUAUUACCGAGUUUGGACACUUUGAACGAUCUAUAAACGAGAAGCUGAGUAAAUUCAAAUUCUAAUCAUCCUGGAACAGCCUGUAUGUCGUUAAAUUUACGUUAUGUUGUAAGUAUACAAUGCACAUGAAUAUAUGUUACAUAUCUAAAUUUAGAAAAUUGUAUAGAUUUGUAGAUCGUUGUAUAUUGUACAUUUUACUUGUGAGUUUGUAAUUAAUUAUUACAUUUUAUUUGUAUAUAUAUAUAUAUAUAUAAAUAUAUACCUCUACAUACAUAUUCAAAGCAGCAGAUGAAAAGAAAAAAGCG